AUGGACAGAUCAUGUCUCGAUGAAUUGGAAACAUCAAAAUUGCACCUCGAUUCUCUUUUGACCGACACUACAUCUACGCUGGAGCUCUUGUCCACUCUCUCUGAAUCCUUUAAGUCCGUGGAGGCGCAAACAUCUGCCUUUCGGCAACAAUGUGAGGGGCUAUUAUCAGCACAGUUACGCAGCUCGAAACUGGCGGAUGAGAUUCAUGAGAAUUUGCAGUACUAUGACCUUUUGGACCCGGUUUCACGGAGACUCAAUGCUCCCGGCGCAGGAAACUCUGUGCGGACAAAAGAUUUCUCAGACAUGUUGAAGCGGCUAGACGAAUCCUUAGAUUAUAUGCAGACACAUAAGCCCGAACAAAAAGAAUCGGAGACUUACAGGUCUCGCUAUCAUCUUCUUUUGACUCGCGCCCUCACGUUGAUUCGUGGCCAUUUCGUGUCCACCCUGAGAGAGAUAUCUUCCGGUGUUGCAAAACGAAUCGCGGAUCGACAACUCAACGACACAACUAUGUCCGCUCUCCUCUAUGCUAAAUUUCGUGUGGGUGCGGCAGAUUUGAAAGCAAUCGGAUUAGAAAUACAAAAACGAGCCGUCCCCCCUGUUGACUCUGAACAAGGAACUGAACCUGAGUAUCAAAGUUUACUUAAUGAGCUUCAUACUAGCUUUUCGGCUACGAGAGGCAAAUUGGUGAUACCUGUGUUGCGGAAAAGACUGAACGAUAUUGCCCAAGCCCCAAGCACUUCAAAAGACCUUGUGGUAUUCGCGCGGGCCAGCAUCAGCUAUAUUCGUGGCAUAUGUCUCGACGAGUUUGAACUCUGGGGACAAUGGUUUCAUGGUCAGCAAGGCCUUUACGAUUUUCUAGAGUCCGUCUGCGAACCGCUCUACGACCAUUUGAGACCAAGGAUUAUUCGCGAAACGAAACUUAUCAAAUUGUGCCAGCUUUGCUCACUCCUACAAACUCGUUACUUAUCCGAUCCCGAGGAUGAGGGGGAGUGCGCUGACCCGACACAGCUUGACUUCUCUAUCUUAAUCCAGCCUGCAUUGGAGGACGCGCAAACCCGUCUUGUCUUUCGAACGCAGGCAAUACUGCGAGAUGAAAUUGAGAAAUAUAAGCCGCGCCCCGAGGAUCUUGAUUACCCUGCUCGCAAUCGAAGCGUGUUAUUGCAAGGGCCAGAGAAUAACGAAUCCCGCACAGUACCACACAGAAAGGCAUCGAUUGCUGGACCGACCACUCCACUCCCCAAGAUGCCAAUGGUCGUCGACGAGGACAUUGAUUCGCCUCAAGAAAAAGAUGUGCGAUGGGAUUUUGAUUCAAGAGCCGCGUUUGAAGGAUGGUAUCCAACUUUGAGGAAAGCAGUCUGGCUGCUCAGUCGCAUCUAUCGACUAGUGAAUUCCACCGUCUUCGACGACCUAGCACACCAAGUUGUCCACCAAACAACCAUCUCCCUCCACGCCGCAAGCUCUCAAAUUUCUACAAAAGCUUCUCCCGCAGAUGCCCAGCUAUUCCUUAUCAAACACCUCCUCCUCCUCAAACAGCAGAUUGUCGCCUUUGACAUCGAGUUCGUCAGUCCCGACAUCUACUUCGACUUCUCUGGCGUAACAAACACGUUUUGGGAACUCCGACAACGAGGCGGACUCUUCAACCCACGAAACCUUAUGCGACUAGUUGGCGGCGGUCUGCUUCCCCGCGUCGUAGAAAACAUGCUCGAUGCAAAAGCGGAGCUCGACGGCAGAUUACGCACGGUAAUCAACGACUUCACCAACUCCUUCUCGUCGAAAAUGACUACCCCCCUCGCCUCCCCGGCCAGAUCUACAAACCGAAGCGAGUCAUACAGUAACGCCUUACGACUUACCUGCAAAGCGAUCGAGAAGGAAGUUCCCCAUCUGCGACGAAUUCUCGAUCAAUACCUUGAUGACGUGAGGACGAAAGAAACGCUCGUUGGAGCAGUGCAAGAUUCUGUGAUUCAGGCCUACGAGGAUUUCUACAAUAGCUAUAUAUCGACACUAGAAGGGGGGAAGGAUGGAGUAACAAGUAACAAACUUUCGACCAUGGAAAAAAGCCGAAAGGCUCAGGAAGAUGGCGUGUGGGAUGUUGAUACAUUUACGGGAUGGAGCGAGACCGUUUUCCACGUUGGGGUUGCUGGCCUGGCGUCUUCAGAAGGUCGGGUUUCUGAUUUGAGUGAAGAGGAUGGAGAUGUGAGGCGUGGCAGUGAUGAUAUAUCGUCGUCUGGAGAACGUCAAAGGCCAAGCAGGAAUGGGAGUAUGUGA